CAUCUGGGGAAGGGGUGGGGAAAGGAGGGAAAAGUUGGAACAAAAGGAUUUUCAGCUGUCAAUACUGAAAAAUUACCCAUGCAUAGAACUUGUAAAUAAAAAGCUAUAAUAAUAAAAAAGACAAUAAGGCUGGCUUCAUGAGAUCUCAUGUGAUACCAUCAAAGGGCAGUGACAGGAGAUAUUCUGUGCCUCAGUUGCUGUAUCUGUGAAACGGGAAGGAAGCUGGACUCGGGGCCCGAGCGUCCUCCCGGUCCAAAUCCAUGACGCCAUGGCUGUGAGGAAGGAGCGCUUUAGGCUAGUCGGGAAGGAAGCCAGGGCUCUCAAGCAGCUGCGGUGCCAGCCGCUUUGCAGGGUCUUGCAGGCUCGGCGGGCCGCUGUAGCAAAAGCGCAGAGGAGGGAAACGAGCGCACAGCGCUGAAGGAAUCGGAGAUGCUGGAUCAGGUGGUAGAGUGAGGAACUGUGGUUAGGAGCUCAGAGGUGAAAAAGGCGCGAAGCGACGUCACAAGGGAAGGGGAAGAAGCGGGGGAGGAGGGGAGGAGAGGUUAAGAUGGGUCACGUGGCGCGGCACGCACGUGCUUGCCGGUGUGGGGGAGGGGCGCAGCCCUGCGCAGGCGCGACGAUUGGCGCCUGCGCACGUACCGCCGGAGCGCGCAGCUGGGGGAGGGGUCCGAAGAGGUUGGCGGUUGGCGGGUAGGUCGCGAGCCGGCGCGCGGGCAAGAAGCAGGCCGGUGAGAGGGACUGAGGAGAAAGAGGAAGAUAGCGUGAGGAGCGGAACCCGGCGGCACCAUGGUGGAGAAGGAGGAGGUGGGCACCAUCAGCGAGGAGGAGGCGGCUCAGUACGACCGGCAGAUCCGCCUGUGGGGGCUGGAGGCGCAGAAACGGUUGCGGGCUUCUCGGGUGCUUCUUGUUGGAAUGAAAGGUUUGGGGGCAGAAGUUGCCAAGAAUCUCAUUUUGGCAGGUGUGAAAGGACUGACCAUGAUGGAUCAUCAGAAGGUAUCUCCAGAAGACACUAGUGCUCAGUUCUUGAUUCCUACUACUGGAUCCUCUGGCCGAAAUCGGGCAGAAGCCUCUUUGGAACGAGCACAGAACCUCAAUCCCAUGGUGGACGUGAAGGUGGACACAGACAAUGUAGAAGACAAACCUGAGACUUUCUUCACUCAAUUUGAUGCUGUAUGUCUGACUUGCUGUUCCCGAGAUGUCUUGGUUAAAAUUGAUCAGAUCUGUUACAAAAAUAGCAUCAAGUUCUUUACCGGAGAUGUUUUUGGCUACCAUGGAUACAUGUUUGCUAAUCUGGGAGAGCAUGAGUUUGUGGAGGAGAAAACCAAAGUCCCCAAAGUCAACCCAGGAAUGGAAGAUGGACCUGACACUAAGAAGGCAAAGUUGGAGGCCACGGAAACAACAAUGGUCAAAAAGAAAGUGCUUUUCUGUCCAUUCAAGGAGGCUUUGGAGGUGGACUGGAGCAGUGACAAGGCCAAGGCAGCCCUCAGACGGACCACUUGCGAUUACUUUCUGCUCCAAGUGCUUCUGAAAUUCCGCACAGAUAAAGGGCGGGACCCUCAGUCGAAUACUUGUGGUGAGGAUUCUGAGUUGUUGCUUCAGAUCCGAAAUGACCUACUUGAGUCCCUGGGGGUGAAUCCUGAUGUGCUUCCUGAAGACUUUGUCAGCUGCUGCUUCUCAGAGAUGGCGCCAGUUUGUGCAGUUGUUGGCGGGGUGCUGGGACAGGAAGUUGUAAAGGCCCUGUCUCAGAGGGACCCUCCUCACAACAAUUUCUUCUUCUUUGACGGCAUUAAGGGAAACGGGAUCGUCGAGUGUCUGGGCCCAAAAUGAAAGCUGGUGUUGGGCCCCUGCCUGCUGACCGGCGGCAGUCCCACUCCCACCCCAGGGCCCGAAGAGAAGAGCCUUCAGCUCUGGGAUGCGGCAACUGCACUCCUUGUGUCACGGGCAGAUUCUGGUCAAUACGAGGGGGCUUGGAGAUUGACUGUUGGCGCCUCGGCGUGACCCCGUACUGCAUCUGUCCUCCCCAGGCAGAGGCCGCUGACUCCAGCCAGGCCCCCUUCCUUUGCCGGGCCCCUUGGAGCUCCUCCCCGCCCUCUCCUUCCCCACCUGAAGUCACAGCCUUGAGGUGGGGAAGGCAGGCUCGACCAGACAGAUUUAGAAUGCCUUUGGGCGGGGCCUGGCAAGGGUGGGCACCGGGGCCUGGCAAGGGGCUUGGCGUUUCAGUUUAGAAUCCCUUUGGCGGAGAGGCCGUUUGGAAUUGGGGCUUAUUCCUGGUUGUGCCUGAGAGCCAAGUCACCCACCGAGUAGGACAUCACUCUCCUCUUUGGCUUCCGGGGGGGGAUUGGGGCCCUUUAAUCAUUGUGACUGACUAACAAUCGGAGGCAUUUUGAGGGAAAUCUUUGCAUUUAAAAAAAUGGCCCGAUCUACCAGCCGAGCCCAGCGCCUGCUCCCGAAGGCCGCGGAAGCCUGCAGUGGCGUUCACAGAGCGGGGAUUCUUGCAUUUUUAUAGUUGGGGGGAGGGGGGCGGCAGUGUUUUGUUUUUUAAUACUACGUUGUUGUUUUGGUCAUCCUAGAAUGGCAGCUGUUGUGUUUCACGUGUUUUCUAUAUUUUCCUGGAUUCCAAAAAAACAUAAUAAAAUAAAGUUGGUAGCUUGUG